CGGUGCGCCUCCUCUCCGUGUGUGAACUACAAACUAAAGAGUUUAUUUGUUUUACCAGGUGAAGGCCCACUAAGUUAUGUAGCUCUUCUUCAGAGGCGACCUGGCUAUCGCAAAUGAUAGCUCUUAACGAAGUGGCUUAUCGCGUGGCAAUGUAAAGCAGCUCUCUGAGUGGGGUUGAACACUUGGGACGCGUUGCAAGACGCCGUCCCAGGCCGGGCAUCGUCGGCGACUUAAAAGGCGACGGCGAUGAGCAGUCCUGUCGCUCUGUCCAUCCAUCCCUCCUCCCGCCUGUCGCUCUGUCCGUCUGCUGCCCGCCUUCCGCCCAAGAUUGUAUUAUGUUUGAGUAUGCGCGAGAUGGCGCCAAGUGUGCCAAAAAUUUAAUUGACUUUAAACUAUCACCAAACAGCCUCGUCACGUGCUUGGAAGGGCUGAUGGAUGCCAUUCAGGACAACGGCACAGGAAUAUCUGUGCAAGGAGAAAGAAUAAAUAAGCUGAGAUUCGCGGACCACGUAGAUUUGAUGGCAGAAAGCUGCGUGGUACUGCGGGAAAGUGUUAAUUAAUUAAUGCAGGGAAUACGUCAGGAAAGAAUGCAGGGCCGGGGAUGAAUGUGUAAAAGACAUAAGAUAGUGUUCGGAAGGGAGGACAUUGAGAAAGAAUAGAGAUUGGUGCAACGUUUCUCAGAAUUCUCGAUGCGGCUCUGUUCAUCAGCAGGCGCAGAAUGGCCAUGAAGGUCUGGACACGUCUCUCACUGCUCCCUUGGAUGAUCGUAUUCAUGGAGUGCGGCUGGGCGCAGGAGAUCUAUGUGAAGGACAAAGUGCAAGCGGUGGAGGGAGAUGACGUCACUCUGCCUUGCUCCUUGCUGAUCGGCAAAGAGAACGUCACCUUCAAGUGGUUGCAGCUCAUCGGAAAUCAGUCGGAGCUGAUCGACGACUCGACUAAAAGGAAUUCCCCAACCCUGGGAGACGUGGAGAAAGGCAACUGUUCCCACACAAUCUUGAACGUCUCCAGGAGCCACGGCCCCAUGACUUUCCAAGUCGAGAUAACAAUAAAUUGGAUGAAGCAUAUGAAGACUGUCACUCUGGAUGUGGCUGCAGCCCCGCGGUUGCACACGGAGGCUGGUGGUUCCAAGGACACUACUGGAGGGGAGAACUCGCCCACACCAGGGACCAGCUCAACGAUAUUGACCGUCGUGAUCGUGGCAACAUGCAUAUGUAUUGCCAUUUUCAUGUGUGUGAAGAAACUUUGCUCGUCUGGGACAUCCCUCCACUUACUCAGGGCCGACGGUGAAGCUGCACGUGGGGACACAGAGAAUAUCGAGAUGCUACCGGUGACGAACGGAGUGGCAAACGCUCACCUGGGUCGUGGAGACGUCUCCCCUUGAGCGAGUCGGCUUACUGGCCAAGUUGAGUUCGCUCGUCACGAGAUAAAGAUUUAAACCAUCGAGAGUGUACCGAUUCAACACGGACCAAUGAGGAGCGAGGGCAGACUUCAAUGGCGCCGCUGUGGCAAGAUGUGAACAACCUCGCCCUGUUAUAUUUGGAGUUUGAAUUUUCUUCCCAUGCUUGUGUGGAUUUUUCUCCGGUUUCUCCCUCCACAUUUAGAAA